CUUUUAGUCAUAGAGUUGAGUGGGCUCUCAAGAUUAAGGGUGUCAAAUAUGAAUUUAUAGAACAAGAUCUACAGCCCUCUGCUUCUUCAAUCCAAUCCUGUUCACAAGAAAAUCCAGUGUUAAUUCACAAUGGCAAGUCCAUUUGUGAGUCAAUGUUAAUUGUUGAAUACAUUGAUGAGACAUUUGAAGGCCCUCCAAUCUUGCCUAAAGACCCUUAUGACCGAGCUAUAGCUCGUUUUUGGGUUAAGUUCCUUGAACAUCAGGUGGCAGCCGCGGGGAAAAAUAUCUUUCUCAAAGGAGAGGAACAAGAGAAAGAAAAAGAGGAAGCUUGUGAGAUGUUGAAAAUUCUUGAUAAUGAGCUAAAGGAUAAGAAGUUCUUUGUUGGUGACAAAUUUGGAUUUGCUGAUAUUGCUGCAAAUGUUGUGGGAUUUUGGCUUGGAGUUUUUGAAGAAGCAUCUGGAGUGGCUCUGAUUACAAGAGAAAAAAUUUCAAAUUUAUAUGCUUGGAGAGAUGAAUACAUUAAUUGUGCCCAAAACAAGGAAUAUUUACCUCUAAGAGAUGAAUUACAUGCACAUUUCCAAGCUCGCUUUUCAGCUGCUUCAAAAUGAACACCUCUAGUGAAUUUCAAGAUUUGUGUGACAAUAAAAAAAAAUAGAAAUGGA